AUGUUGGGUGUCUCUUGGAUGUUGGUCGUAAUGAUAAACGGCUCUUACUGCGCAUCUGAUGUCCCCAUUACCACCCUACUGGUAAUACUUGCAGUUGUAGCAAUAAUCGUGUUUGCACUGAUCUUUCAGAUGACCGAAGCGGAUGAAUCAGUCCAUCUCUCCCACGAACCUGACUCCAGAGUACUCCGGCUGCGCAGAGUUCCUGUUCCAGGCAUGUGGCCCCAUGGCCCCCAAGUCUGA